AUAAGAUAAUAAGAGGCACUUGUGGUGUAUAUGUAAACAAGCAGAUACCUGUUCCAUGUCUGCAAGUACAAGGGGGUGUCAUAUUGCUUGAACUUAUUAGUUUCGGUAAUUUCGCAACUUGCACUUUCUUUGUGGCUUAGUAAAACCAGAAGAUGCAAAGGAUGCAUGGCUCUUGUUGUAUUAGGACACUGGACACCCACUUCAUUCUGGGUAAUUGAAGUGAAAAAGCUGACUCAUGUUAAAGUUUUCAGCUCAGAAGCAUUACCCGUCGGUAAUAUUGUGCAAAGGAUGAUAGGACUAUAAAAAGGCUGCAGCUGACACAUGACUGUGGGUCUCCCCUGUUCCUUUCACCUUUUUCUAGUUAGAUUUUGAGAUUCUUGAAAGCAAGUCCAAAGUUUCUCAACUUGCAAAUGAUGUGAAAGGUCAUCUUAGUUGUAUUGAGAAAACAAACAUAGCAACAAGAGUAAAAAAACAGGAUGAAUCAUCCUUUGAGAAAUGGUCUCAUGUUUGAAUCAGUAUCAGUUAAAGAGGCUGAGGCUGUGUAUCAAACUUUCUAUGAGAAAAGGGAUACUACCUGUUUUUUUCUGGACAUUAGCUAUUGGAGUAUUGUCCAUUGCAAAGGGAAAAAAAUUAUGCUUGAUUUCAAUCUCUAACUUUGUUGAGUAAUGCUCAGGACACAACUUUGUGCCACAACUUGCCACGUGGUGAGUUGUGGCACAAAGUUGUGUCCUGAGCAUUACUCUACUUUGUUAGAUUAGAAGACUAUCCACUCACCCACUUAUUGCUACUAUUUGAUUCUAAAUAAAGUAGGGAGAAAGUAAUAAAGAGGGAAGGUGAAAAUUCCAUGAUGAACAUGACAGUCAAUUUCUCCAAUAUUGUUUAUGUUCUAAAUGAUACAAUAUAUCCUCAUGAUGCUGAGAAAUAUCCUUGCAAAAGCCUUGUAAGCUGUAAGCCUUGUAUCAAACUUCUUGGCCUUCUUUUGAGUUGAAUAAACAUGGCUGUCCAACACUCUUUUGAAGUAGCUAAUGGUUCCUAUGAUGACGAUGGACAUCCGAGAAGAACUGGAACCUUGUGGAGUUGCGUAGCUCAUAUCAUUACUGCUGUUAUUGGCUCUGGAGUUUUGUCUCUGGCAUGGAGUACUUCACAGUUAGGAUGGAUAGCAGGGCCAGUUACCUUGCUUUGUUUUGCAAUCGUCACCUAUGUUUCUGUAUACCUCAUUUCCGAUUGUUACAGGUGUCCUGACUCCGUAACCGGGACACGAAACUACUGUUACAUGGAUGCUGUUAGAGUGAAUCUUGGAAGAAAACACACGUGGUUUUGUGGUUUGCUUCAAUAUUUGAGCUUGUAUGGGACCUGUAUUGCUUAUGUAUUUACUACCGCUUCCAGUAUGAGGGCAAUUCAAAGAUCAAACUGUUAUCACAAAGAAGGUCACCAAGCUGCAUGUGAUUAUGGGGAUACUUUUUAUAUGCUGCUCUUUGGACUCGUUCAGAUCGUUGUGUCACAGAUUCCAGAUUUCCAUAACAUGGAAUGGCUUUCAGUUGUUGCUGCACUGAUGUCAUUUACAUACUCUUUUAUAGGAUUCUCACUUGGCGUUGCAAAAGUCAUAGAAAAUGGGAAGAUUAUGGGGAGCAUUACAGGAGUCCCAGCUUCUAGUCUUGCUAAUAAAUUAUGGUUAGUCUUCCAAGCACUUGGGGACAUUGCUUUUGCCUAUCCAUACUCAAUUAUUGUUCUUGAGAUCCAGGACACUUUGAAGUCCCCUCCUCCAGAAAACAAGACCAUGAAGAGGGCCUCAAAGGUUGCCAUCUUUGUCACAACCUUUUUCUAUCUCUGCUGUGGAUGCUUUGGAUAUGCAGCCUUUGGAAAUGAUACACCAGGAAAUCUAUUGACAGGAUUUGGUUUCUAUGAACCUUAUUGGCUCAUUGAUUUUGCCAAUGCUUGCAUUGUUCUUCAUUUGGUAGGAGGAUAUCAGAUUUUUAGUCAGCCAAUAUUUGCAUUUGCUGAAGGAUGGUUUGCCAAGAAAUUCCCAAACAGUGGCUUUGUAAUUAAUUUCUACACCUUCAAACUCCCACUGUUGCCUGGUUUUCAGUUGAAUCUUCUCAGGCUAUGUUUCCGAACUGCAUACGUUAUAUCGACCACAGGAAUUGCAAUGCUCUUCCCGUACUUCAAUUCAGUCUUGGGACUGUUAGGGGCCUUGAAUUUUUGGCCUCUGACUAUAUACUUCCCUGUGGAAAUGUACUUUGUACAAAAGAAAAUAGGGGCUUGGACUAGAAAAUGGAUUGUACUUAGGACAUUCAGCUUUGUUUGCUUUCUUGUGACAGUUGUAGGUUUUAUUGGGUCACUUGAAGGACUUAUAAGUGCCAAACUGAGCUGAGGCAUUACUGUAUUUUUUUUUUUUUUUUAAGAAGAAGCAUUACUGUAAUUCUAAAUGAAUGGGGAAAAGAAAUAAUGUCCUCUACUUUUCAUGACCAUAAAUAUAAUCCAAAGUUUCAGGUUGCUAUGAUUUCACUUUAA